AUGUGUGGCCGCUUUGCUCAGGGAGUGGAUCUCACCGAUCUCCCGCAACAAUUGGGACACGUGGGUGACCCCACCAAUCAGGCAAAUACCUCAGAAAACGGCUCGGGGGCCACGGGCGCAACUAACGACAUCCGCGUCGACGUGGGCGACCACCAGUGGCACCUAGACACUACCGCCGCCAGCAAAUGGCACCCGCUGUUUAACAUUGCUCCCACCAACUCGGCGUUGAUCCUCUACGCUGAUCCCAACCAUAAACAGUCCAAGGACCACUACAAGAUCGAAAUGAGCUCUUUUGGCUUGGUGCCGUUCUACUUGACUCCCCCCGCCGACCAAUCACCGGAGGAGCAACGCAAGUCGUUCCGCAAACAGCAGCUGCGAACGUUCAACUGCCGCUCGGAUACGCUCACGCUGAAGCACCUGCGGGUGUGGAACCUGGCCAAGAACCACCACCGGUGCGUGAUCCCGGCCCAGGGCUACUUUGAGUGGACGACGAUCAAAGAGGAGAAAGUACCGCACUUUGUCCACUAUUCCCAUGCACCCUUCAUCUUCUUAGUUGGCCUCUACGCCCACAAUGCCCAUUUCGGCGACGACAUGCCUCAGCUGACAUUCACCAUUUGCACGGGGCCAGCGACAUCGGACGACGACAACGACAUUCUGUGGCUCCACCGCAGAAAGCCGAUUUUGGUGGAGCCGGGACUGGAGGCGUGGUAUAAGUGGCUCGACCCCGAAGUGGCCUUAGCUGACAUCGAGGAGCUUGUGCUCAAUACCAAGUCCAAUCCGGCUUAUAAGGAUAUUGAGAUUUACCGCGUGGGGUCAGCGGUGGGCAACACGCGCCUGGAAGGCGCCAAGCUCAUUAAGCCAAUGGAACAGGGUUCCAUCAGCGACUUUUUUACCCCAAAGCCCGAACCGGAAAUUGGCGAGCAAGUGAAGGCCGAAAAGGGCAGUGGCGACGCCAACGACGCUAAAUAUAGCUCGGAGAAGUCUCGGAUCAAGACCGAAGACAAGAGCGACGGUGAUGCCGCGGAUAAGACCAAAGUAAAGCGUGAGUCUGCUGACACCAAAUCUCUGGUUAAAAAGGAAGACAAUGACGAUACCUCCGCACAGCAACAACUGCUGACGCUGACCCCACUGCGGAAGCGGAAGCAACCGUCGUUUGACAUUGCCAACAUGGUGACCACCAGUCCUCGCCAGCCGCGGAGUCCUCGGCAGAGUUCCCGGCGCACUCGCCAGAAGCGUCAAUAG